AUGGCGAAGGACGCACUCGCGCUGCGAUCGAUGUAUGCGCGCGGUCGUGACGACGCCCUCGAUCGGCGAGAAAUGCUUGGGAAUGCGCGCGGCGGCCUACUCGGCGUUGAAGAGGAUCGUGGCGCGAUAUUAUCAACGCGUCAGUGGUGUUCGUUCCAGUUGAGAGAUUCUACACUAAGGAAGAAAGCCAGUUCUUCUGCUGCUUUAUGCUUUUCUGAUUUCUUCGGUAGUUUCUCCUUUAUUUCCUCACAAAAAUAUCGCGCAUUCGCGAUGAAGGAGAUGCUCGGUGGUUGUUGUGUCUGUGCCGACGAAAACGGCUGGACCGACAAUCCCCUUAUUUAUUGUGAUGGUCCCGGCUGCGAGGUGGCGGUGCAUCAAGGGUGCUACGGUAUUCAAGAGGUACCAGAGGGGGAAUGGCUUUGUGCCAAGUGCCACGUGGCUGCUAACAGCUAUACCAACGGUGAAUUGAAACGUAAUGGACCAUCUACGAACGGAGUAGCGCGCAUCGAAGCCCGAUGUGAACUUUGUCCCUUUGGUUAUGGAGCGCUGAAGCGAACUGAACAAAAGGGUUGGGCACAUGUGAUUUGUGCGCUCUACAUUCCUGAAGUACGUUUCGGCGAUGUACAUAGCAUGGAUCCGGUGAUUUUAUCCGAUGUGCCCAUGGAACGCUUCGAGAAACUCUGCUACAUCUGUGCAAACGCCGGUGACACACGAGCUGCACAGAUGGGUGCGUGCAUGUCGUGCAACAAACCAGGCUGCAAGAGAGGGUUUCAUGUCACCUGUGCGCAACAACGUGGUCUAUUGUGUGAAGAGGGUGGUGGCAGUAAAAACGUGAAGUAUUGUGGGUACUGUGAACAUCAUCUAAGAAAAGCGGCUGCUGAUCCUGCGAUAAAGGUGAUCCCACCCUGUCGGAUAAGGGCACACCCGUCAUCGUCGCAAAGCUCUGCCCCGUACGAGCCAACUCCUCCAAACAGCAACAAUAGCGGUCAUAUGCUUGUUGAUCCCAUUCCAAGACCGGAACAAGUUGGGUCGGUAAUCGGGCUCACGCAAUCCAACGAGGAUUCCCAUUUGAUCAACAAUUUUUCGCCUCCUUUGACCACGUCGAGCAGGUCUUCUGUGGCACUGGACGCCACACCGCCGCUCGCCAGUGGCGGCACCGCAGUCCUGGCCGUGAAGCAGGAACAUGCCCUAAAUGGACCCUCAACGAACAACUUCAACGCAUUGGUGAAUGCUGCCGUUGUUCAGGCCUCCGAGCUAACCAACCAUAACCGGAUAGGGGUGGCAUCGGGAUACGCGCCAGAUUCAAACGGGCAUCAGGAUGAGAAAGUUUUGGGCGAUCCGACUGCUCUUUCAUCUGGUGCUCUUACGCCAAAUAAUGCCAAAGUUGCUGCGGUGAAACGACCGCGAGACGCAAAGCCCGAGCUGUCCAGCAGCAGCAAUGCCGAUAAAGCGAAACGCCCUCGUACAAACCAUCGAACGAAAAGCGAAAAGGCGUUACGUGAUCUGGUGGGGCCAAUCGUCUCCGAGACUGUAUCGGACUUCCAUCGCGAGCGAGUCGCUGAUAGGACAGUGCCGAGCGCCACCGCCACCACCGUCGUUACCGUCGCCACCACCUCCGCCAACGCUGCUGUCGAUCGACGUAUGGUCAGCGCAAAUGCUGCCGCCAUUCCGUCUACGUCACACGAUGCGCCGCCUAUUCAACAAGCGCCGAUUGUGAACGCUCAACCCAACAAUCAGAAUGUGAUCGGAACUAGUCCAUUGGCGCCUCGACCUCAGGGCACCACUGGUGGCGGCAUUCCACCAAAUUCUACGCUUCCGUCGUCCAUGGAACAGCUGUUGGAGCGGCAAUGGGAGCAAGGGUCACAGUUCUUGAUUUCGCAGGCGCAGUUCGAUGUGGCUCAGCUGCUGACCUGCCUUCAUCAGUUGAAGUCCGAAAAUAUUCGACUCGAAGAGCAACUGGUGCAAUUGAAUCGGCGGCGAGAGCACCUGCUUUCGCUAACCUCGCGGUUAUCGGUUCCGCUAGGCGCGCCUCCAUCUCAGUUGCAACAUCAGCAGCAACUGCAGCAGCAGCAACAACAACAGCAACAACAGCAACAACAACAGCAGCAGCUUGUUCAGCAGCAGCAGCAGCAGCAGAUGCAGCAAAUCCCUUCGACGCUGAAUCACCCGCCUCAGCACGCCAUGGCAGCUGUAGCACCGCCGCAACCGCAAGUGCCACCACCCGCACCUAGCCUAGUCAGCCCCCACCACUCUCCCCUCGUACCUGCUAGUUCGUCUGUGCCCGGUGUCGGUCCCACACCUCCCUCUGGUCCUAAUGGCCCGGGAGUCGAGGAUUCGCUGACUCAGUUGAGAUCAUUGGCCAGCGGAACUCCUCGACCCAGCGUGCGACCGCCAAGUCAAGCCUCAUCGGUGCCGUCUACAUCUUCAUUUACAACAACGCAGCCUGGUGGCGCUGGAUUUGUACCACAUGUUCAGAGGACGAGUGCUAACGUGUCAUCUGCACCACCCGCUCCUGGAACGACGGUGGCGCUGACCACGCCGUCGACAUCCCAGCCUGCUGGCGCGCCUCCAACAACCUCAGCGGCAGUCGUUUCUGCCGAACUGGCAGCAAACAUCAGUCCAGAGCGGUUAGCAGCUUUGAAUCCGCUGAUAAAUGGCGGAUUUUUGAGCAGGAGCGCUAACCAAAUGUUGGGCACAGGAAAUGCGAUGGAUCCACUGAUAACGCAGUUCUUGUUGAGUCAAGCGCAGCAUAGUCAACAACAGUACCUCGCCGGAAAUUCGACAGCAAAUUUAUUGGCCCGUUUCAUGAUGCCGCCGAUAAGCGGCGCGAACACCUCGGUACAAGGCGCUGGUGGCAUGGGAAAGUAGCAAGACUCGGACCGUCCUUACUUCGCCGCCGGUCACGCGUACAUACUCUUGAAGAAAGUGUGAUCUGUCUGGUGUCGUACGAACCACGUCCGAUGUCUUGUUCAGCUUCUUGAUGGAUCGUUCUAUUCUACAACGCACAAACACGUUUGUUCAUCAUGCGCGGAUGCUUCAAUCGAAUCUCUGCGGAACAUCAUCAAAUAUGGUCAUCUCUUUUCCUCGUCUAUGCGUUCUGUUUGUCUGUGUGUCCGCCUUGUUAUGAAGCAUCUCGUACUUACCUCAUAUAUGAGUUACAUUAUCAGUUUACCGCGUUCAUUGAUUCAUACUAUUGUAUUCAAACUAUAUAUAUACCUUAUAAGCACAGUUCGUGAUGUCUCGAAAUUUUCAUUGAAUCCAAGUUUCCACAGAAUUUAAGAAUUUCCUUUUUUAUGAGUAGGAUGACGAGAAUUGAGAACAAAAUUUUCCAAGGGUGUGCACUAAGCCAGAGAAAACGAGAUAGGCCAGAUUAUUUUACAGAGCUGACAGGAUAAUUUCUGGAAGACUUUCCAAAGUAGAAUUUUGAUGUCUGUUGCACUUGUGGAAUAGGUAAUUUCUGUAUCAGGACGAUUCUAAGCUUUGCAAAUUUUUAGCGCCCUUGCAAUGAAGACCUACACAGUUAUUCUUGAACAUACCGAACUGUGCUUUUGGAGCUCAUGCCCACGAAUGUAGUCCUUAGGGGCCAAAUACGUAUGCAUGAGUACCCACCGCCCUCGAUACUCUUCACUCCUUCCUCUUUUUAUGGCAUUUCGCAUUUGAGCCUUCCCAAAAAUCGCAUGUUGUUGAUACCCAAAUUUCUCUCAUACCGAAUUGUAGUGUUUGUUUUCUUCGAUCACAUACACACAUAUAACCUCAUGGGAACUCUUUUUGUAGCAUUCACGGACUGGCUCCCCACACAGGCACCAUCGAUAUAUGUCUCCUCUAGAUUUCUUCCUAUCUGCUCCCAUUUCACAUGAAGUUUUUUCCAUCACCCUCAUAUUUGUUCUGUUCUGUUAGUUGAUCAUUGCGGGUGAACCACCACACACAAAUACACACACGUACACAUACAUUCAUACCUGCGAAUUUUUCUUGAACCCCUCCUAUGUUAUGAUGUCCCCCCCCCCCCACCAAUGAUGUCUUCUCUUUGCGCUCUAUCUCUGGUUCACUCACAAUGUGUUUAUUAUAUUUACUUCUUCCGAAAAUAUGUGCUACGCGCGCGCUCGCACGCCUCCUGUCUGUAUGUAUAUGUAGAGUUGAUGGAGGUGAAUUUUAAAUGAAAAGAGGAAUGAUUGUGUAUCGUGCGCCGUGUAUUUCGUAUACUAUAUGUCCUCAAAGUCUUCCUCAUUCGUAAGUACAGACAAAGUUACGAAUUUUUCUUUUUGAACAUUGUUUUGAAGAAAAUGAAUAUGAC